AAUCCAGUAGAGGAAAAGAUGAAGAGUGUGGCAAGGAGAGGAAUCCAUUAUCUGCAUAAGCUGAAUGCCGAACACAUUCCCAAGCACGUGUUAGAGAAAGGCCAGGAUCGUGUUAUCGAGGCAUCCCUCACACUCAUCCGCGAGCGAGCCAAGCUCAAGGGGGAGCUUCUACGGUCUCUGGGAGGCGUGGGGGCAUCAGCCGCUCUCCUUGGAGUUCCCUUGGGACACAACUCUUCCUAUCUCCAGGGGCCUGCCUUUGCACCUCCAUUUAUCAGAGAAGCCAUUUGGUGUGGUAGUACAAACUCCACCACUGAAGAAGGUAAAGAUAUUAGUGAUCCGAGGGUGAUGGUAGAUGUAGGCGACGUUCCAGUGCAGGACUUGCGCGAUUCUUGCAUUGAUGAUGAUAGAUUGAUGAAUAUCGUUAGUGAUUCUGUUAAGAUAGUGAUGGAAGAAGAGCCAUUGAGGCCUGUGGUGCUAGGAGGCGACCACUCUAUCUCGUAUCCAGUUGUGAGAGCCGUGUCGGAGAAGCUGGGAGGGCCUGUUGAUGUUCUUCACCUGGAUGCUCAUCCGGAUAUUUAUGAUGCCUUUGAGGGGAAUAAAUACUCUCACGCGUCCUCUUUCGCUAGAAUCAUGGAGGGCGGUUAUGCUCGUCGUUUGCUGCAGGUUGGAAUAAGGUCUAUCAACUGGGAAGGCCGGGAGCAAGGGAAGCGUUUUGGCGUGGAGCAAUAUGAAAUGCGCACGUUUUCAAAGGAUCGCAACCAACUCGAGAAUCUGAAACUUGGUGAAGGUGUGAAAGGGGUGUAUAUCUCAAUAGAUGUGGACUGCUUGGAUCCAGCAUUUGCGCCGGGAGUGUCUCACUUUGAGCCGGGAGGCCUCUCCUUCCGCGAUGUUCUCAACAUUCUUCAUAACCUCAAAGGCGAUAUUGUUGCUGCAGAUGUGGUUGAGUACAAUCCGCAGCGAGACACUGCCGAUGCCGUCACGGCAAUGGUUGCUGCAAAGCUAGUCAGAGAACUCACUGCAAGGAUAUCAAAAUAAUACAAUUGUACUUAUUAAAUAAGGUGUACCAAGUCUUGCAAUGACUUAUCUACUUAAUAAAGUGAUUACUCUAAAAUAA